AUGGAAAUACCGGCAAAUAUUGAGAGAAAGAGCAAGGAGUUAAGUAAAAUAUUAAUUAAGUCAUUUAAAAAUGAAGCGUCUAGUAUCACUUAUUUAAAUGAAUGUAAGAAUAAUGAUACUUCUGAAUUAUAUGGGGCCUUUUACCUAGUGUACUCAAAUAUGAUAGAAAAUGACAAUGAGUUAAGAGGAUAUAAAGAUCAUCUAAUUUUCCUAUCCUUUUGUUACAUGAAUAAAUUAUUGGAAAAAUACUACAAUGUGUAUCCUCAGGAUAGCAAGAUAAAUAUUCGAAAUAAUUUUAUUAACAUAUUGUUUUGCUUACCACUAAAUUUUAAUCAUGAUUUGGAUAAUAAUUUGUUACAUUUUAAAGAGAAAUCAGUUGAAAUUUUGAAAAAUAAAUGGAUGGAGAUUUUUUUAGACGAAACGAAUUUCUUGAUGAGAAAUUAUCUUAACGAAUCAGAUAAUUAUUUUAUUCGUUUUUAUAUAACUUCUACGAGAAAUAAAUAUGCUCAAAUUUUUAGCAUCCUUUGCAUGCAUAAUGAUUAUCUGUACUUUAGAUAUGUGUAUAACUUUUUUUUAUUUUUCUUGAAUGAGUUCUUGAGAAGAAAAUUGACAUCUAUUGGUCUGUUCACUGCACAAGGAGGAAAUGAUGGGCACACACAAAAUGAUUCCAUUCACAUGCAGAAGCAAAAUGGUGAAUAUUUCAAUGCUGUCAUGCAUAUCUGUCUAAAUUUUUUAAGGGAAAUAUUCUACACCAUAAGUAACGACAUCUCUAGCAAUGUGCAUAACAGGCAACAGUUGAAUGUCUUCAGGGGGCUCAUAAUAACAGAUGUAAACGAGUUGUUUAAUUUCUUGUCAACAUGUUUUUACUACUGCUUGUGCUUCAGGAAGAGGAAUGAAUUUGAGUCACUCAUUGAGUGUGUAAAGGAGCUAUCUUUUUUCUUUCCUGGUUAUCUAUUCUUUAGCAGUUGUGGAGACAGUUCUCCUCCUUUGAAGUUUCUCUUGAAUAUGUUGUUCAUUCGAUUUUCCCGUGGUGGAAGAGAUAGAAGCGGUGGAAUUGAUGGAGCUGGAGGAACUGGCUCACUGAAAACAGGAGAUACAAUUUCACUAAGCCAGUUCAGCAGGGUUUACAAGAACUACCUCACAAUGAAUGACAUGAUCUGCAUGCCAGAAAAUUUUCACCUGUUUCUGGAAGACAUAGAACUGGAUGAGGACUUGUUAAUAAUAUUUUUAAACAUCGUUGAAUAUAUAUCUAAGAUAAAUAACAAGAGUUUUUUUCAACUAGAUGAAGUAGAGUUAAUGGAAUUUUUAGUUAGUUAUUUUAAUAUAAAUUUAAAUUUCUUCGAUGUGAGCAAUUAUUCAUUUCAGAAUAUAUACAUCCAGAUGAUCCUGAACCUGUCGUGCAUUCCUAUUUCUAACUAUUUGCAUCAGAAAGAGAACAAACUAAAAUGCAUGCACAUGUACAUACUUAACAUUUUUAAGAAUAUUUAUCACCCAGAUGUGAAGAUUUUGGUGAAUAUUUUAGCUAUAUGUAAAAAUAUAUUUGAUAACAACAAAGAAUUAAUAUUCAUUAAAAAUAAAGAAACAGAGGUUGCAAGUGAGAAGUAUAAUAUUUACAAGGCUGACAAAGAGGGUUUACUUAAUGAUAGGAAUGAAAAGACAUACAGUAGUGAUUCCCAUUUUGUAAUAAGUGCAGAAGAUUUAAAAAAACUUUUCAUUUUAAUGUUUAUUCGUUUUAUUAGGAUACCAAUGUACACAGAUCAGAACUCGUUAAACAAAAAAAUUAUGAUAAAUUUUAUGAACAUGUAUAUAAAAGAAUAUAACGAAGAAUGGUUUGAAACUUAUUUUCAUUAUGCUAAGGAGUAUUCUCAAGAUGGCGAUGAAGAUGGUGAUGAGGAAGACAAGACUAUUCAAGUUACAGGUUCGGGUAUAACACAUACCCCUAUUGAUUACUACACUUCUGGUGGUAUCAGAAGUAGAUGUAGUAAUUCUAGAACUAACAAUGAGAAAAAUGUUUUAAAACAUAAAAUUUUUAGCUUAUUGAAAGUUUUGAUAGGAUUGAAUCAUGAAGUGUAUUCCAUCAUGGUAGAAGUAUUUUGUGAAUUUUUUAAAUUUUAUGAAAAUAUUACUGUUGAAAAUUUAUGCAGUGAAAUCAUGAAAGUGAAGGAUUACUUUAUUUACAUCCUUCUCAGAGUGUACUACCAGCUUCUCCUUUUUUUUACAAAUACUUUGAAAGAGUAUAAAGGAUUGAUACGAGAUGGUGCGGACAAUGAAGUGAACGAAGGAAUCAUAUCAUUUCAACUACUUCCACAAAACGAAAGGGAAGUUUACAUGCAGGGAAUACUCCACUUGAAGAAUUCCAUCGAUAAGAAGAUUAUUGAAGAUGUGUCGUUUGGAGGAGGUGCGGGAGGCACGAAUAAAAUUGCAUCCUCCAAUGAAAAGACACAAAAUAUGCACCUUUGUAAAGGAGUUGUCUCAAACUGGAAGAAUGAUGAUGAUGAUAGAGGAAAUGAUAUGGAUGAAUUAAAAAGAAGAAAGGAAAAAAUUGAUCUUAAAUUGCACAUCCUAAAGUGCAUACAAAAAUGUGGAGGAUCCCCUUUUUAUGAAAUCGAUAGGGAAUGUAUAAACAACUUACUGAAUUGCUAUAAGCAAAUUUUGAAUAGAGACUUUAUGAACUUUUCUAAAAUAUCCCCUAAUUUUCUUCUUUUUGAAAUUAAGAGAUUGCAGUACAUAUCAGAAAGCAUAUAUCUGUUGAAUUAUAACAAAGAAUUUGCUUUAUUUAUGAUGGAUCAUUUGUUAAGGAAUAUAAUAGAGGACGGAGCAGUAGAAGCAGUAAGGUCUGGGGAAGACACGAAUAGCUCCAUGGAAUUGAAGAAGAAUUAUUUUUCAAUUUUUACAUCCAUCAUUUCAAAUUUAGAAAAUUUGGUUACAAAUGAGAUGAUAGAAAAAAUGCUGAAUACUUUUCUUGAAUUUAAAAAGUCCACAAAAUUGUCAAAGUGUAAUAAAGAAUUUUGCAUCUUCCUCUUAACCCUUAUAUCUGUUUUGAAAGUAAAUGAUUUGAACAGUAAGGUAAUCAUUUCUUAUAUUAACCUGGUGAUGCAGGAAACGUUUGAAUUUUUAACCGAUUUUUCUAAAAAUGUUUUAAAUUUUGAAAGUUUAUACACAUUAUUUUAUGAAAACGAGAGGAAGGCAGAAAUAUGUCAUACUCUCUUUGAUGUGCUUAAGAUUGCACAGACAUAUUAUUCAGUUUUUCCCAUUUACAAAAUUGAAUCAUCCUUGAAGAAUCGUGAAAGUGGUAUUAACAAUCUUGUUGGCUGUAUUGAUGCCCAAUGUGCUCAAGAUAAUAAUAACAAUAUCUCUAGGUUGAUGCUUGAGAACUCUCGUUUAGUGAACAAAAGCGAAUUCUUGCAAACCAGUAUCAAUCUUUUUACAUCUGUCAUGUGUAUAUAUCCUCUCUUUAAUGAUAUGAUAAAAAGUUCUUUUAUGUUUGAGAAGCGUCCCAUGCUGUGUACCGAAGUAAGUUAUUUUCACAUGAGCGAGAAGGAAAGAGAAAUUGCAAUUGUGUAUCUACAUAAAAAUGGUCGAUUAGGUACAAGGGGUGGGAAACGUUCUUUCCACAUCACUGCUGGCAUUGGAAAGAGCAACAUUGGAAGCGGAGGUGGAGGCGGGGGUGGUACCCAUUCAGGAGGUGAUGAUUCAGGAAAGAUGGGUUCGAAAAAAUACAAUAUAAGUAUGAAAUCUAUGCAUGAAAAUGUGUGUAAUGUAAUGAAAUGUUUUAUAAAUGAAGGAUACAUAUUCUUGUUUAAUGACACAAUGAAUAUGUUCUUAGAAAUAUUAUCAGUAGCAUUCGAUUUUAAUCCCUAUUAUUUCCUAACACAAAAUAUGCAACAAGUGUAUUUAUGCCUAAGUGAAAAGUUGAAGUAUCAAAUUAACGACAAAUGUAUUAAUGAGUUAGUCACCCAAUGGUACGUAAAAAUAUAUGAACAAUUUGUUAAGAAACAUUAUGAUUAUUUUAAAGUGCAAUAUGAACAUAUGAAAAAAGUGAAUGAAGAAUUAAAUCAACAAGCCAAUAUUAAAGAAGAGGAUUAUACUAUGUAUAAUGAUAUGUUGUAUGAUAAUAAAAAUUACACUUUUAAUUUUUUAAAAAUUUGCAAAAAUGUAUUUACCAUACCGAAUGAAUUCAAAAAUAAUCGUGAAGGGAUAUAUUUUUUCAGUACUUUUUAUAAAGAUGAAAAAAAUGAAAUAUUAAAUACUUUACUUAUGAAUAUAGAAUUGUUGCUUAACAGUUACGAUUGCAAUGUAAUUAAGAGAUCAUUAAGUUUUCUCUUGGAUAUAUCUGAUUCAAUUCUUUUGCUUCCUUUCCAGGCAUCUCAUUUUAUUAUAUAUCUUUGUAUCAUUAAAAUUGCACUUCGCUCAUUUCUCCUUUUCAAUCCCCUUAUUUUGACGCUACAAGAAAGGAGCAGGAAUAAGGGUGAUAAUGCUAAUGAAACCGAAUUUCGAAAUAGAUACAUAAAUGGAGGAAAUUCACCACAUUACAAUGAUGAAGACAAUUAUACCAUGGUUGGUGUGUACACAGGAGAAAUGAACUUAUUCAUGAAAAACAAUCCACAGGAAUUAACCUCUUACAUGCAUAUUAUCCCCAACACGUUUAUCAAAAUUUGUAAAAACUAUUUUAAUCUACAAAUAAAAGUUUUCAGAAUUAAGGAAAAUAAUACCCCCUUUGAUGAACUCGUAAAUUUGGAUACUGUGAAACACUUUAUUCUUCUUUUCCAUGAUUUGGACGGAUCUGCCUCCUUCGAUUUUCCCAUGAUCAUUUCGGACCUCUUCAAGCAAAAUUCUUCAGACUAUUUGAGGAAUCUGCUCGUACAGUGCCGCAUGCACGGUGUGCGCCCGGCUCCGUGA